AUGAUGUUGGACUCCCAUAAUCCUACGUAUGGAUUGGGAAGUCAUAUCACGGGAAAGUGUGUGAUAGCACUGGAGGGAAGACUCGAUUUAUCACAGGUAAGGAUGCGAUUGAAAGGGUUAGCCCGAGUAAUGUGGCCUGAAGGCGAGGCAUACAGUCAAGUGAUAUCGAAAGGUGUCUAUGAAUUCCCGUUUAACUAUCAAUUGCCGCACGAUAGCUCAAAAUUUCCUUACAUGCCUAUUGCCGCUGAAAUUAAGUGCACAAAAAAGUGACUUUUUAUUUGAUAAUAAUGGUUCAAUUCGUAUGGAUGCCAAGAUUGAUAGACGCGCAUAUUAUCCAGGCGAGUUUGUGGUCUUUCACUGCAAUGUUAUCAACCAGUCGUCCACACGAGUCUUACCCCGAGUAACUCUCAGACAAACCCAGACUUAUUUAAUGAGAAAGAAAAAUAAAAACAAAAUAAGACAACAAACACAUUGUGAAAUCAAAUGCCAACGACUGGAGGGAUUGCCUACAGAAGCCGGAUCUACUUCCACUCAAAUAUUUCAAGUACCCAUUCCCAUUGAUAUUCCUAUAUCAGUGGACUGUCCUAUUCUAACGGUUUCAUAUGACUUGCAUCUAACUGUUGACAUCGGUAGUCGGUAACUAGAUGUGAACCUAGAUGGGUAAUACUAGUGGUGAUUUUUACAACAGUUAGUCAUAUUCGGUAUAUUGAGACUUAUAUUUUACUGUAUCUUUAGUUUUGAAAUAUUCUCAAGAACAUAAGUGUAACUA